AUGGAAGAGGAAUCUGAUCUUUGCGCUGUGCGCCUACCUGAAGACCUUCAAUGUCUAGAAGAACACAGAUGGCUUAGUGAUGAUGUUAUUUGGCAAUAUCUAGAGCUUGUUCGAAGCACUAUCCCUUGCAAAGAGAAGAUUGAACUGGUUGAUAGCCUCUUCAUGGAAAAGUACAAGUUGUGUGAAUAUGAUGGUGUGAGUAACUGGAAAAAGCAAUGGACAUUGUCAGACAAUGAAAAGCUUCUAUUUGUUAUCAAUGACAACUCUAACCACUGGACACUUAUGGUUGGUAAACCCAAGAAGAAAACUAUGAUGUACUAUGACUCAUUGGGUGGCAAUGAAAAAUCGUACUUUGAAAUUAUACAGUAUGGAGUAACACAUGACUCAAUAUAA